CAAAACUGGGGUAACCAAAGUAAAUGCAUCACGAAAUUGAAUAAAUGUACAAGAAACACACAUCACAUUAAACAUUUUAUACUAUAAAACUCGUUUGUUUAAUAUACUGCAGCACCCAGUUUGUUUGGUUAUUGUGAGAAUUAUAAAUAAAUCCAACACCGAUUUUCAUUUGAAAGGACAUUGUAGAUACACCGGAAACAGUAUACGAGCCAACUAGUUCUCAGUAAAUACUGACACUCGUAGGUUUGAGCUUUAACAAUAACCCAUAAUUAAAACAUUUUACUUUAUCACGGACACACUUUAACUUCAUCUCCAGUCACUCUGACCACAGCUGCUGAAGACGUCUGAAGAACAUCGUCAUCCACAAUGUCACAGGCCACGAAACGUAAACAUGUUGUCAAGGAGGUUCUGGGAGACUUCGUAACACCCACUGAAAACCAGAUGAUUGUGAAGAUCACUGGUAGCCGUGGCAACAACCUCCAUGAAACUGUCACAGCUGAGGGUGAGAUAUUCCUGGUGAGCAUGCCCACAAAGUUCCGCAAGAACAUUUGGAUUAAGAGAGGUGACUACGUGAUCGUGGAUCCUAUUGAGGAAGGGGAGAAGGUGAAGGCAGAGAUCUCUUUCAUUCUGUACAAAGAUCACAUUCACUAUCUGCAGAAACAGCAGCUCUGGCCAGCAGGUUUUGUGGAGGACACGUCAGGGGAGGACAAUACAAAAGAACAGCUAGAGACAGCAGAGAAAGAUGAGGAGGAGAGCAACUCUGAGGAUGAUGAGAGCGACCUUUUUGUCAACACCAACCGCUGUAACUAUCAUUACAGUGUGAGCGAGGAGGACAGUGAAGAGGACGAGGAGGAGGAGGAGAAAUAGGACAGAAACUGUAGACUGCAGUAGCAGUGACCAUACAGGACUGCUGUGAGUGAUGACUGUGACUUUGGUGUCACUGCAAGCUCUGCUGUUACUGCUACUACACUGAUGUUGAUGACCAAAAAGCAUGGGACUUCAAGCCACAGCGCCCUCUGCAGCCCUACUGGAGGCAAUAACUGAGCUGGGCUCUAAAUGAACUAAGACCAAAAUAAGUACCAAUGUCCUUCAAAAACUGUAAGGAAUGAGGAGAAUUCAUCACGUCUUUACUGACCUCCAGUGGAGCUAACACUGUAUUGCAGAACACAUCACAGCUGGGAAACCGGAACUUCAUACUGACACUGCUGGAUUUAGAAGCAAAAACAACUCAAACUCUGUAAAUGUUAUAAAAACUUGGUUUGCUCUGUGGGCCCUGGGAUUUUUUUAGGGUAACCUUGAAGCAGACAUUUUUCCAUUAAAUUUAAAAACAUUAAAGUUUAUCAGUUUGA